AUGGAAGACUUGAUUGUUGGUGACUACAAGUGGAAAGCAAUGGGUCCCAUCAACAAAGAAAAGAAAAAGUUCAAAAGGAAGGUUGCGAAGGUGGGUGCUGACUAUAAAGCAGAAUUUUGUACUUCGACUGCUUCUGACUUGUUUUUUGGGUUUUUUGACGAAAAUUUAGUCGAAAAAAUAACAGCAUUUACCAACGCCAAAUUAUCAGGAAAAAAAGGUAAACCCCAAAUAACAAAAAUAGACAUUAUACGAUAUUUCGGCAUUUUACUAUAUAUGGGAGCACACCACGACAUAAAGAAUCCAUUUUCCGAGCUUUGGAACGAAAAACACGGGAAACCAAAUAUUUAUGGUAAAGCUAUGCCCAGAAAUGUUUUUCAACUUAUCAAUGCUAACAUCGAGACUUACGAUGUCACAACUUUUCCGGAUGAAGUUGAGAAAGAGAGUUGUUUUAAAGGUGAUGAAGAAGAGAGUGAGGACAGUGCAUCCGAUGAAGAGGAAAUUCCAGAGAAUAAAGAAGAGACCGAAGAAGAAGACUAUUUGAGUUGUGAUGAGUGGGUCAAAAAAACAUCCUGUUGA